GCGGUCGUGUUGUUGGAGCAAGUGCACGGGUCACUCUGCCCUCAAACAUGUCGACCGAGUGAACUUCUCCGCGAGUACGAGGUUUCCCGCGGCGAGGUCGUCCGUGCUCGGGGCGGUGCCUUGAUCGCGGUGCUCCGGUUCGAGUGCUACCCGAAGAAGGACGCGGCCUCUUGUCCGAGAGAACCGCCAGCAUGAGCGUGGAGAUGCUGCUGGCGCUGAACGCGUCGUGCGCCGAGUGCGACUCGCUGGGGCCGCCGCCGUCCGCCAUCCUGACGCUGCCGCCGCCGCCCAUGCCCGCCUUCCUGAGGGCGAGCAGUGACGGCGCGGCGGACGGGGACGCGCCCUGCGACCCCCUGCAGGGCCUCGAGGGGCUGACGCUGACCUGCGACUGGCCGGGCGGCCGCGCCGGCACCCCCGGCGUGGAGUUCGUGGAGCUGCCCCGCCAGGUCGGCGGCAUGGGGGUGAACGCGGACGACGACACGUGGUUCAUGGUGCUCGUCUCGUGCUGCGCCGGCGUCAUCCUCCUGGGCGCCGUCCUCGCCGUCGUCCUCAUGCGCUGCCGACAGGGCCGCGGCAGCAAGUGCGUGCUGUCCCUGGACCCGUCCGCCCUGGACGGCCACGGCGGUAAGUCGUCCAAGCUGGUGGGCGUGCACGGCGAGGUGCUGUACCCGGACCCGCUGGCGCUGUGGGCCGCGCUCACGCCGUCCGGCGGCACGCAGCACUUCGUGGGGGCAGCGCAGCUAGCGCAGCCCGUGGCGCCCCCACCCCACCUGCAGCUGACGCAGCGCCACCUGACGGCGCCGUCGCCGACCCCGCAAAGGGCCUCGCCACCCGUGGACCCGCAAGGCCUGCAAGACCUGGCCGCCGCCGAGCCCGAGUACGCCAUGCCACCACCCCCCGCCCCGCAGCCCCACAGCCACUCCCAGCCCCGGCACCACGCCAAGCCCAAGCACGUCCACAUCAACAAGAUGGCCACGCUGAGCCAUGCGUCCCACGCCGCCAACCUGGGCAACCUGGGCGCCAUGAUUGACACCAGCAGCUUCGACAACUCCGGCUUCGUGGACUCGGACGACCAGCUGCUCUGCGCCGACGCGUACCCGCACCUCAACUACUACCACACGGUGGGGGGCAACCGGCGCGCCGCCGCAAUUCACAGCGUCAUGGCAGCUGCGGCGCACGGGGCCCACAGCAGGCCCAAGGUGUCCUCGCCGACGCACAUCGCCAACCCCAACAUGCCGCCGCUCAACCUGCACCCCACGGCCAGCAUGGCCAGCAUGCACGGCCACGGCGCCAUGCCGGGCGCGGCCAACGCGGCCAACAAAGCCUCUCAGUACCACAGAAUGAGCAAAGAACUGAACAAGAUCAAAAGAAAUCCACAAUUUUCACAACAAAACAACAAAGAGAGACAUCACAAUUUUCAAACACAAGCAUCAAGACUUUUGUUCCAAAGUCUUAAUGAUGAAAGCAGUCUACUCAAAAAUAAGAAUCUGACAAAGGAGCAGCAAGGAAUAAAACAGCUCUUAAAUAGUGAAACAGAACAAAUAAAUAAAUCAAAACACACAAAGUUGUAG